AUGUCGGUGGAAAAAUACGUCCCGACGGACUUGAACAUUCCGGAUAAUUAUGUGCAGCAUACGCUGAAGACGACGAAGCCGCUGCCUCCUGUUACACUCGCGAACGUCUGGGGCGAGAUUAACUGGAUCAGUGUGACGCUUCUAACGGUUCCGCCUAUUGUUGGCAUCUACGGUCUUUCUACGACUGCGCUGCAAUGGCGCACCGGGUUGCUCAUGUUCGCCUGGUAUCUUCUGACGGGGCUUGGUAUCACGGCGGGCUACCAUCGUCUCUGGGCUCAUCGGUCGUACAACGCGAUCAUGCCUCUCCAGAUCUUCCUCGCCUUCGCCGGCGCCGGCGCCGCUCAAGGCAGUAUCCGCUGGUGGAGCCGCGGACAUCGCUCACACCACCGCUACACCGACACCGACCUCGAUCCGUACAAUGCUCAGCGUGGUUUCUUCUACUCGCACAUCGGUUGGAUGCUCUUAAAGCCCCGCCGCAAGAUCGGUGUCGCCGACAUCAGCGAUCUAUCGAAGAGCCCUCUCGUCCGCUGGCAGCACAAGCACUAUCUGCCCAUCAUGCUGUUUAUGGCCUUCAUCUUGCCUGCUAUGAUUGGUAGCAUCUGGGGCGAUGCCCGCGGCGGCUUCUUCUAUGCUGGCGUCAUCCGUCUGGUCAUCGUUCACCAUUCGACUUUCUGCGUCAACUCGCUUGCUCAUUGGAUCGGCGAACAACCUUUCGACGACAAGCACACGCCGCGCGAUCACUUCCUGACCGCACUUGUCACCGUUGGCGAGGGUUACCACAACUUCCACCACCAGUUCCCCAUGGACUAUCGCAAUGCUAUCAAGUGGUGGCAGUACGACCCCACUAAGUGGUUCAUCUGGGCCAAUCGCCGCAUCGGCUUCGCCUCACAUCUCAAAGUCUUCCCCGAUAACGAAGUCCGCAAGGGUCAACUCGCCAUGCAGCUGAAGCGCCUCCGCCGCACGCAGGACAACCUCCAAUGGCCAACCACUUCGAACGACCUCCCCGUCGUCACUUGGGAGACCUUCCAAGAGCAGUCCAAGCACCGACCGCUCAUCCUCAUCGCGGGCUUCAUCCACGACGUCUCCGAGUUCCUCGAGGAGCACCCGGGCGGCGAGCACCUUAUCCGCAAGUUCAUCGGGCGCGACGCGAGCACGGCGUUCUUUGGCGGUGUUUAUGAUCAUAGCCAUGCGGCGCAUAACUUGCUUGCGAUGAAGCGCGUCGGGAUUCUGGAGGGUGGUGUGCAGAUUGUGAAUGAUAUUGAGAAGGAGCGCCGCAUUCCUCCCUCGCAGCGCCUGCGCAUUGCGAGGUGGGAGGAGCUGAGCUCUGGUUCGAGCUCGGGCGAGCAGAGCGACUGA